UUCCCGCGAAACGCCGUGCGCUCGCAGACGCCAGUGUUCUCUUCGCGGGAAAGUUCACCGUCCGACAGCGCGCGUCUUCGCGUUCCGCGAGUGAUACCUGCCGAUCGUUCCACAUAUCGCGGACAGCUGGCUGCGAACGCGAGUAUCCCAUAAGGUUUCCCCGUCGUACGACGUGCAUAUAAACGUGAGGAAAAUCGCGAGAGCGCGAACCGCCCGGCGGAAAUACUGAUGUGCGUGACGCGCGGCUGCACGAUUCCGGCGGGCUUUGCUACCUUCUGUUCGCAACUCCCGGAGGACGACGUACCUCGCCCUGACAACGGGGAACGCAUCUGCCUGCCCGGGCGACGUCAACAAUCGCAUUUUGGAGGAUAAAUACGGCGAAACGAGCUGAUCCAACGCGACACUCCGUCGCAGGUGCAUCGACCUCGCACUCACGUUUGGACACGUGGAAAAAUCGCAUUUGGCACACGGUGUAAGAGACGCCGAGGAUCCGAGGAUUCGCGACAACAUUGUAUACUAUGAGAAUCUCCAAAAUUUGCCCCCUUCUUUGAGGUUAUGUACCACUUAUAGAGGGCGUCGCGACACGAACAGGGGUUGGUCACCGUUUCGCGCGCUAGUCUCCCGCGCUUCGAGAUCCACGUCCCUUAUUUUCGGGGGAUUAUUGCGAUUUUUCGGCUCGCAUGCAUCGCGACGCAACUUGCAAAAGAGCCAGAUGAAUUUCCCGAAUGUCCGAAUCGUCCACGGCCGGAAUUUCUGAGUCGAAACAUCGAAUCAAAAGCAGCCAAGUGGACGUGCGUUAAUGGCGAUCGAGUGCGCGUAGGCUUCGUGUGGUCCUUCACUUUUCGGCGUUUCCCUGGGGAAAUUAUCGCAGCUGGAUCGAGAAAAACACGUGGACGUCGGUUCCAAAGGUCUCCGGUGUCGGGGACGCGUGGAAAAAAAUUAUUCCAACGUCAAAUAUUUUUCGUACACGUUGGCAAUUUCGCGUCAAGAUGCCACAGUCUAGUUUACAGGAGAAGAAGUCAUCACAAACCUAUCUUCAAGGAGGCAAGGCACAAUCUUUAAAACGCAAAAGACGUACGACAGAACUCUCAGAAGAUUCUGAAAACAUAUAUCCCCCUAAUAAAGUACCAUCGUUGUCUCAUGCUCCUUAUACUGAAUCCUGCCACAGCACACAAUCAGUUGACAGUGCAUGUACUCCUCAACAUCAGACGUCUCCACUGAAGGAGCAGCAGGAGCCAGCUACGUGGUCAGAGUUAAGAACUGCAACUUGUUUCUUAACACCAUCAGCCUCCAAUAGUUCAUCCAGUAGACCUAGUCCAUUACCAUCCAUUCCAUGGGCCGAUGGCUCUCAAGUAUGGUCUCACAUGUGCCUCGGGGACCAGAAGACUCUAGUUCAAAGGGACCCACAGAUGUUCCAGAGGCAUCCAACACUGCAGCCAAAGAUGAGAGCAAUCUUACUGGAUUGGCUGAUCGAAGUUUGCGAAGUGUAUAAAUUACAUAGGGAAACUUAUUAUCUCGCUAUGGACUAUAUUGACAGAUUCCUGUCCAUACAUCUCAAUGUACCUAAAAAUCAGCUACAACUCAUAGGCAUAACUUGCCUUUUCAUUGCGUCCAAGGUUGAAGAAAUAUAUCCACCCAAAAUCGCGGAAUUCGCGUACGUAACUGACGGAGCCUGUACAGAGGAAGAAAUUCUGGGAGAAGAGUUAGUUAUCCUGAAAGGUCUUGGGUGGAAUCUAUCUCCGAUCACUGCUCCGGGAUGGCUCAACAUCUACAUGCAAAUUGAAUCGGGCGAUUGGUCCAGGCCGAAUACCUUCAUAUAUCCACAAUACGGUGGACUACAGUACUGUCAAGCGGCUCAACUGUUAGAUCUGGCAACAUUAGACGAAAGUAGUUUGAAGUUCCCUUACAGUCACAUAGCCGCGGCGGCAAUUUACCACACCCAAGGAAGGGAAUGUGCGUUGAGAGUAUCCCGAUUGUCAUGGGAACAGCUCGCUCCUUGUGUCAAAUGGCUCGCAGCGUUCGCUACUACUCUCGCGGAGGAGGACGGCGAGUCUCUUUUGAGGUCUGCGAUCAUGUCCACGGAAUCGCUUUCGGGAUCCGGAUUGAGGGCCACUGUACCUAAUAUAGUUGUGGACGAGUCGCAUCGCAUACAGACUCACGUGGUCGAUCUGAAGAUGCUUGAAAAGGCGCAACAACGAUUAGUCGGAGAAAUCCCUUGCGGCUAUGUGAACGAUUCGGAAACGAAUAUCGAGUCCGGUAGACAAAGUCCGAACGAGAGCGGGCUUUUGACUCCACCGUCCAGUAGUCAGAAAAAUUCUCCAGUUCCGUCGCCGUGCCCCACGCCACAAUUGCACCCUUAUACGUAAUUUAAUAUUUGCGGACACGUAAUAACAUACGAUAAAUUGUUAUUUACUACCCAUUCGUGAAUUAUAACUUUGUAAUCACGAGAAUGCUUAUCUCUCUUCUUUAACGGGAGUGUGAUUCAAGUACUCUGGAAAAUGCAAAUAUGUGAGCCUUUUACAUUAAUAUAUAUAUAUAUAUAAAUUAAAUAAUAAUUUUUAUAUAUAUUAUUUUCGAUAAUUGCUUAGUUUACACCGAGAGGACUAAGCGCGGACUGACCUAUACUGUGACCAAUCGCAGUGUAUUUUUACAAGAAUAAUCUGCCAUUGGUCACAAUAUAGGUCAAUCCACGUUUAUUCCUCUCGGUGUAAACUAAGCAAAUAUGUUCAUGUUAUCGUAAAUUAUACGACGUUUCCUAGUUGCAGACGAUCGAAACAUAGUAAUAGUAAAACAGGAUGUUAAAUAGUUUUUUAACGUGCACGGGACAUAAUGCAGAAUUAAUGCGACAUCACGUAUUUUAUUACAAAUGGUCAAGAUAGUGCUUCGUGUGUCAAAGCAUUUAUGAACUUAAGAUAGUAAACUUAAAUAGAAGCCGUGAUUACAUGGUUAGCUUCUGUGAUUAAGAUCAUCUUAGAAUUGCUAUCUUGGAGAUGCGUAAACGUGAGAAAAAAAUAAUGUUAGUGCCUGCAAUAGAAGUGUCCUUAACAAAUUAUUUCUACCUGAUUUUAAGGGGGAAAGAUAUAAAAAAAACAUUGUGAAUAGUAUUCUUUAUAUAACACGCUUUAUUAUAAUGCAAUUUAUUGCGACGGCGCAUUACCGAAUUGGAUGAAUGUAUUUUUAUGUAUAUGUAUAUUGUAAAAUU